AUGUAUCUCAUGUACGAUUUGAAUGAAAACGGCGAUCGGGUUUACACCCUGAAGAAAAACAACGAUGCGGGGAAACCAACCCAAUCGGCUCAUCCGGCAAGAUUUUCGCCGGAAGACAAAUACUCCCGAUAUCGUAUCAUCAUCAAGAAGCGCUUCGGAUUGCUAGUCACACAGCAACCCGAACCUAUUUACUGAGUCCAUCGAAC